CUGCCUAUGCGCAGUUGUCUGUCAUGUGUGACAUUGAGAUUAAAAUGGAGGACGAGGAAGCUCUUUGGAAGUUUUUGUUUCUUGGAGGUUUAGUGGGUGUUUACAGACCUGGAUAUAGACAGAUAGAGGAUUCAGACGCAGAUGUAAUUCGAAGACUUAUAGAAAAUGGAAAACACAACAAAAUCAUCGAAUAUAUGUGCCGAGCGUCAAGGAAAUGUUUGAAAUUCUAUCCAAUAGCCUAUACCUUAGCUUUGUGUGCAAGGCAUGCAAAAAAGACAGUUUCUCAACAAGCAUAUGCGGCUCUACCGUAUGUUUGUCGAACGCCAUCACAUCUGUUUCAGUUUUUGAGCUUCUGCAGGACCAGGUUUAAAUGUAGAGGAUGGCCAAGAACUCAUAGAAGAGCAGUCGCAGCCUGGUACACUGAAAAUGAACAAUAUAGAAAAGAUCCCCUAAAACUGGCCAUCCAUGUAACUAAAUACAAAAGAAGGUACAUGUUCUCACAAAAGAAAGUGGUUAAAUCAUGUCAUCCUAAACCUCCAAAUGACGCUUUCCGGUAUAUAUUUCGGUAUGUGACAAAUGGCGUCAAAAAGGCAAACAAAGCCAGAACAAACGAAAAGGAAACUCAGAAUGUUAAAGGUUAUAUAACAGCUGUGGAAUUCAUAAAGAACAAACGCAAAGCUGAACACGAGGAAGAAAUAAAAGAAGUCAUACAGAAAUGGCGGAUUCCUUGGGAGAAUGUCCCUACAUCACAUUUACAGUCUCCUGAAAUUUGGAGGGCUCUUUUGAGGUGCAAUAUGCCGAUUAUAGCCAUGUUAAGAAAUCUUGGACGGAUGGGCAGACUCGGAAUACUGAAACCAAAAAGUGAAGAAGAGAGCAUAAUAUGUGAGAGAUUAAAAAGUGUGGACUCGAUGGAAUCGGUUCACCCUAUCCAAAUCCUUGCAGCUUUUGCUGCAUAUAGACGUGGACAAGGUUUAAGAGCAGACUCUGGUCACUCGUGGGAAGUCAACAAAGAAAUAAAACAAGCAUUAAUUGCUUCUUAUUCUCUUUCUGAAAAGAAUUUUGAACCUACGAAAAGAAGAAUUUUAAUUGCUAUAGAUGUAAAGAUGAAUAUGGAAUUUCACGUGUUGGGAAUUCCGAGCAUGUCUUGCAAAGAAGCAGCUGUAGCAUUGUCGCUUCUUUUUCACAACAUAUUUGAAGUGGACACAAUAACAUUCUUUAAGACUGCAAAACCAUUGCAGGAAAGUCCAAGUGGAGAUCCAUUUGACAUAGAUUUAUAUGCAAACCAUUCACAAUACGAAGAGAAAGAAACAAACUACGAUGUUCCUUUCCAUUAUGCAAAGGAACAUAAGUUUGAUACCGUAUUGUUGUUGACUGAUACACUUGAAACGAUGGACAUUGAAAAAAUUCGCAGGUCAUAUAAAAAAACGAAACAGCCUAAAAGUAAAUGUGUUGUUGUUUCCUUUAAAACUAGCAGACCUGCCUCUGUGUUUGGAGACAGUUCCAUGUUAGACGUGGUUGGAGUUGAUGAAUAUGCUAUUGAAGUUAUUAAGGAGUUCAUCAAAGACUACAAGCAAGAAAUGGUUCAUAUAACCGGAGGUCAAAGCUACGAAAGAAUGGAAGUAGACAAUUGAUUUCCAAUGGUUUUUAAUAUGAUAACUAAAAUGCAGAUUACUUAUAAUCUUUCAUCUAUAUAUUAAACAUAAUUUUACAGGUAUACACCAUACAAUAAAUACAGCAAUUAUUAAUUGAUAAAAA